AUUAUCGUUAUAUAGGUCGAGUGUCGAACUGUAACAUUACCGGCCUGUGUCCUACAGGUUUGUGAUAAUUAUUCAGGGUAAUAGAACAAUAGUGUUUGCAGUAUUAAAACCGUGAUGAGUGAGCUAGUGUGGGGAAUCAAAAAUGGAGAUUUAGAUCAAGUAAAAGAUAUUAUUGAGAAAAAGCAAAUAGAUGUUAAUAAGGAAAUUGACGGACGGCCGCCUAUUCACUAUGCAGCCGAUUAUGGACAGGGAGAAGUCAUUAGUUACCUAGUUACGAAAGGAGCAGAUGUUAAUGCAAAAGACAAACACGGAAUUAGUGCUCUUCUUGCAGCAAUUUGGGAGGGACAUACAGACUGUGUCAGAUUACUUUUGGAAAAGGGAGCGUCAAAAGAGGGGACAGCGCCAGAUGGAACAACUUACCUAGCGUCGGCAGAAAAAGAUGAAAUAAAGCAGCUGCUCCAAAAAUGAGCCUGUGGGCAUUUACAAAAUUGAUUUUCUCUGUCUGAAUAAGCUUUUAUCUGAGAUAUGAACAGUAUUUUCCUGAUUCUGUAAGAGAUGUCAUGUUGGCACAGGAGACUUGCAUCUUAAAUAUUUAAGUAACUUUUAUACAGUUAGCAUUUUAAUAUUUGAAAUUUUCAUUGAUAUAGAGGAUGCGUGGAAGUAUUUUUAUACAAAGUCUGUUUCUGUAUAUCCCUACCUCCCCCUGCUCCAUUCAUUUAACAUUAUUUUUGUCAAUAUAUACAGCCAAAAUAUUAUAUCCCAGACUGCUCAAAACAAAUUAAUUUUGUCUGGUCAUAAUGAAGAAAACAUUACUCAAAGACUUAGUUUACAUAUCAUUGUAGUAAAAGCCUGUCUCCUCAUUUUGUUGUUGGAAGGAUAUAAUUUAAAAUUUUGUUGGAGAUGUAUGUUGAUGAACUGUGUCCUUUGCUGCUAUUAGAAGUGCCUUCGUAACAUUAAAUGGUUAUUUAAAGAUAGAUUUUGAUAGAAACGGUCUUUCUCAGUAGCAUUUUUCUGUUGUAAAUUGUACUUCUAACCUAAAUUUUCUGAGCCUGUUCAAGUAUAUGAAUCCUAAUUUUUUGAUGAGUCAUGUGUAAAGUGUCCCUAAUCAGGAGUUCCUAAUUUUUUUCUGAAAUAACUAGCCACCUCCCAUUCUUGAAUAUGUGAUCUCACUUUCUCUUGAUAUAAUGACUCCUCUUUAAUUUCCAUGUUUGAUUAGCAUUCAGCUUUAGAAUUAAAAACAGAGAGAAUUCCAGGCUGUAAAAUGUGUUGCUCAUGACCAUUCCCAUUUGUUAGUUGAUGUUUUGAUGUACUGAACACCACAAAAGAAAAGUAGUUGUGGGUUUGCAUACUGGCUGUUGACACAGAGUAUGGAAUCUUAGUGCCAUGUGAGUAUAGGUAUUGGAUUUGAAUGUGUAUUGUGUUAUUAUUGAAGUACUGGUCAGUUAAUAGAAAUGUUGGUAGCCUCUUUUUUUUUCUGGUGGCAUGAAUAAUACAAUUGUGUUGAUUGGCAAGAGGACUGUCAUAAAAAAAUUGGGGGGAAAUUUAAUUCUCUAAUGUACUUUCUCUUUGUCCUAUUGUUUAUUCUGAUCCAUAAAGAUGUUUUUGCAAUAUAACAAGAAUGAACAAUGUUUUACUUCAACCAAAUUGUUGCUGAUUAACUGCUUGCUUUAGCACAUCAAAGUGAAGUAUCAAGCUGGCCUACGUGAUGUCAUUUUGUGCUUCAGAGUGAAACAUAUUGGUUUGUUCUGACCCUCACCGCCACUGAAGAAUGGUAUGCAAAAUAUUACCAUUUACGGUGCAUAUUAUAAUUCUCUUUAAAAUAGGAAUACGAAGUAAUAUUGCUCAUGAAUUUAUUCAGAGAUACAUUGCUGCUCUUUUGAGCACAAACUUCGUUUGGUAGGCCUGAAUUAAGUUUAUUCUGUUUAUAAGCUGUGGAUAACAUGUGUGUGUCUGUUUUACUCCAGUUCGUAAUCACUGAAGAGGUCGAUUAAUUAAUGCGGUGGGAUCUUUGUUCCCCUCCCCCCCCCCCCCCUCCCAUUUUAUGUGUAUCACUGCUAGACAGAAAGAUAAAUUUUGUCUGAUUCAUCAUUCAGGCACUGUCUUUAAAACAUAUAACAUGAACAGUAAGUUUGCAAAGAAUGGCAGUCCUCCAAUGUAGGAAAGAUGUGUACAGUUCUCUGAAGCAUUAGUCAUUUAGAUGUCUGUGAUGCAAGUCUUGAAUCAGAUGGCACCAUGGUAUGUCUUAUAAAUUACUUAUUUGGUCUUAGAUAUUUAACAUUUCUCCAUUUUUGAGAAGUAGAUGAUACAGAAAUUCUAAAUCACAGAUAAAUUGUUCAUCAGCAUCAUUGGUAAAUAUAUUCCAUUUUCUGUGUGAUAUGAAUUCCUGAUUAAUUCCCUUGGCCUACUCUAGUUUCAGAAAAAAGUCUGAGUAAAAUUCUGAUUUAGAUAUAUUUAGAUGUAAAAUAAUCAGUAACAUUUGAGAGAAAAAAAGAGAAACAUAUAUACUUGCAGUUUUAUAUACAAUAUACAUAUAUAUAAUUUAUGUAAUGCUUUAUAAAUAUUAUAUAUUGAAAAGAAUAGUCUAUGAAGUACUGAAAUUAUGCCUCACUGUUUUUAGCUGCUUGUCUUUAACCUAUUACAUGUCCUGUUGACUGCUGUUGAGUAUGACAUAAUGAAAAUAAAUUGUGUUGUAAUUUGUGUAAUUUUGGUACUAAUAUGAACAUGUUUAACAUAAUUUUUGUUGUAGCUUUUGUUAGAAAAGCCCAGUUGUUCCUCAUGAUAGGAAGUUAUCUCUGGGAUAAUGUGAUCUGAGAGGAGAUUUUGUGAUUGUUCCUAUCUAUAGUAAUUUUAUUUAUCUUAAGCACUCUUUCAUGUUUGUAUAUUUUAGUAAAGACAGGAAAGAGAGAAAAUGGUAAGCUGGUUGUGGCAGCGUUUUAACAGAGAAACAGUGGCUGGCAAUUAUGUACUAAGAGGAUAUGUGAUUUUUUACACUCUUUCUCAUAGUUGAAGUAGGACAAGAACAACAUUUGAAGUACUCCAUAAUUCAACAUAAUUGUAUUUGUUGAAAUAUGUUUAAUUUGUUUAUGAUUGCAAAUAUAAUUUUGGAUAAUUUUUUUUUAAGGAAGAUACUGCUUAUUGAUAUUUGUGGCUUCAUUAACAUCUGAAAUUUUGUGAUGUGUUGAAAAUUCCACUAUCCCAAAACCAAAGACUCUUCUCAGCUUAAAGCCUGUCCUUGCCGUUUCAGAUAUGUAGAAGGUUUUUCCCAAGCUAUAGGAAGAGGUAUCAAGAUUCCUGUUUUCUGUUCUUCAGGCAUGUUGUUAUUUUUACAUCAGUAGUACCACUGAAUUUAUUGCAGAAUUAAUGGGAAGCUUGUUAAUAGAUUACUAAUGUGUUUACCCAUAUCUCAUUCUCAUUUAUCAAAAAUAUAUUGAAGAAAAAUGGGAAUGAACACUUCAUGGAAGUAUAGACAGUAGUGUGCCUUCAGAAAAUUGAGGCAUCCCUUUCACUUCUUAAGAAACAAUUCUAUACUUCAAAUUAAAGUGUAGGACUGUGUAAUUCUUGUUUGUAUGCAGUAGUUAUACAAUUAAAUUUUACCAUUGCCUUUUUCCGAUAGUCAUUCCUGCUGAAUAAGAGUAUUGUACUACCAACAGUUAACUGGCUGCUAUAGUGAUGAUUCCAAAUGUGUGGAUAGUGGUAGAAGUGUGUGUGCAGUUUAGCAACACCACCAUAUCAUUCAACUCUCUCUUCUGUUAAUUGAUUAAUAUCCAAAACAAUGUCAAAAGCUGAAUUUUUUUUGUCUUUUGUGGUUUUUUUUAUAACUUACACCUAUUUGACUGGGUAGGAAACAAAAGGUUACGUAUUUACAAGAUACAAUUUUUUUUUUAAUUUUGGGUAUGGCUGUUUUAACAAGCUGCCCUUUGACUAUUAGUCAGUUGUAGUAAGAUUUCAUUAGAUGAAAGUUUUUCUCAGUUAGCUUGUUGAAGAGAAUGUGUGAAAUCUUUUCCAGCUAUGUAUAAUUCUGGUUUUAAGACUUGCUGUUAAUUACAGUUUAGUAAUGAUAUAUCAGUUGUUAAACAUUCGUGGAAAUAUGUGAAAUAAAUCGCACAGGUGAUUGAAAGUGGUGCCGCCCUGUGAAGAAAACGCAUUAAGUGUUGUUUGUUACGAAAGAUAUCUAAUCUAUAGCAAUUUAUUUUUUGUUCAUGUGAAAUGACUGGACUUAUAUGUUUGUAUAACAAUAUUAAUUAGAAAUAAAUUUAUUAUUCUUUUGAAA